CAAACACGCCCUCGUGCGACACAAACACACCCUCGUGCGACACAAACACACCCUCGUGCGACACCAUCAUGCCCUCAUGCGACACAAACACGCCCUCGUGCGACACAAACGCCCUCGUGUGACACCAUCACGCCCUCGUGUGACACAAACACGCCCUUGUGUGACACAAACGCGCCCUCGUGCGACACCAUCACGCCCUCGUGUGACACCAUCACGCCCUCGUGCGACACAAACGCACCCUCGUGUGACACCAUCAUGCCCUCGUGCGACACAAACACGCCCUCGUGCGACACAAACACGCCCUCGUGUGACACAAACACACCCUCGUGUGACACAAACACGCCCUCGUGUGACACAAACACACCAUCGUGCGACACCAUCACACCCUCGUGCGACACAAACACGCCCUCGUGUGACACCAUCACGCCCUCGUGUGACACAAACACACCAUCGUGCGACACCAUCAUGCCCUCGUGCAACACAAAGACACCCUCAUGUGACACAAACGUGUCAUCGUGUGACACAAACACACCCUCGUGCGACACAAACAUGUCAUCGUGCAACACAAACACACCCUCGUGUGACACAAAUGUGUCAUCGCGCGACACAAACACGCCCUCGUGUGACACAAUUGUGUUACUGUACAACAUGGACACACCCUUGUGUGACACAAUUGUGUCACUGUGCAACACAAACACGCCCUCGUGUGACACAAACGUGUCACAGUGCAACACAAACACACCCUUGUGUGGCACCAACACGCCCUUGU